AUGGGCGCCGCGGCCUUCGAGUUCGAGUACAAGAGGGACGCUUAUGGAUUCGCGGUGCGGCCACAGCAUGUGCAGCGUUUCCGCGAGUACGCCAAGAUUUACAAGGAAGAGGAGGAGGAGAGGGCGCACAGAUGGAGGGACUUCUUGGACAGGUUGGCUGAGUCAGCCAAUGUGCCCGCCACACCCAGCGUUUCACCAUAUGCAGCUGCCAGGGAUGGUGCUGCAGGAGCAGGACAGGCGCAAGAGAAUAACAACAUCGGAAUACAUUGUGUUGAUGAUGAACAAGAGGAGGGAGCUGAGAAUGCAAAAGAUAACAAUAAAUUGGAAAACCCGAAGGAAGCUGAUACCAGUGGUGAAUCACGAGAAGCAAAUGGUAAGUCAGAAGAUCUGAAAGAUGUAACUGACAACUUGGAUGAAGUGAAAGAGGAGACUAGUUGUAGCUCUACGGAAGCAAUCAAAGCCUUAGAGGGCUUGAUGGAAGCAAAUGGGGACAUUGAAGAAUUAAAAGAUUUGAAUGGAAGCUCAGAAGAAUUGAAAGGAGAGAGUAAUGGCAACUUGGACAAGCUGGUAGAGCUCUUCUUGGAUAAGGGGUUGUUGGAUGAACUGAAGCCCAUAAAAGUUGAGUCCCGGCGGCGGGUACGGGCAGCGCUUAGCAUCAUUGACAAAAUGAUGAGCUCUCGGGUAGUGAAGGGUGGUAAUGGUGCAAAUGAUACUCAUGGAAAGGAUGGAGCACAGCUUGCUUCUAUUGAAGAGGAAGGAAGGACUGCAGAAGUGAGUCAUGACGGAGAUCCAGCUGAGGUUGAUGAGUCUUGUGUUGCAGAGAAGGUUGAACUUGGACAGGAAACACCUGAUGAUUCUACGGGUACUGCUUUGGAGGGAGGCAAUGAUGGGUCUUAUUUUCCUUGGAGGGAGGAGCUUGAGAGCUUGGUUCGUGGAGGCGUGCCAAUGGCUCUUAGAGGAGAGAUAUGGCAAGCAUUUGUGGGUGUCGGUGCUCGGAGGAUUACUGGGUACUACAACAAAUUGCUUGAUGACAGGACUGCGACAUUCGAUGAAAAGGACCUCAUUGACCCAGUGGUCAACGAACAGAGAAGUGCACCGAGAAAAGUUACACAGCCUGAGAAGUGGAAAGGACAGAUAGAGAAGGAUUUACCACGAACAUUUCCAGGACACCCUGCAUUAGAUGAGGAUGGGAGGAAUGCUUUGAGGCGGUUAUUAACCGCAUAUGCAAGGCAUAAUCCAUCAGUUGGGUACUGCCAGGCCAUGAACUUCUUUGCUGGGCUAUUUUUGCUUUUCAUGCCUGAAGAAAAUGCAUUUUGGUUGACCAACUCGUCCUUGAGGAGGUUGUACGAGAAAGGUUCCCUAAAUUGGGUAUCCAAACAUAUGGAUUUCUUGGGAGUUCAAGUGGGAUGGGUGACUGGACCAUGGUUUCUUUCAAUUUUCAUCAAUAUGCUUCCAUGGGAAAGUGUACUUCGCGUUUGGGAUGUCAUCCUUUUUGAAGGAAAUCGUACAAUGUUGUUCAGGACGACGCUUGCUUUGCUGGAUUUAUAUGGGCCUGCACUGGUGACCACAAAAGAUGCCGGAGAUGCAAUUACACUACUGCAGUCUCUUGCUGGAUCUACUUUUGACAGCAGCCAGCUUGUAUUGACAGCUUGUAUGGGCUUCCAAUCAGUUAGAGAAAUGGGAUUGAAAGAGUUAAGGAAAAAGCACAGGCCUGAAAUUUUAACUGCAAUGGAGGAAAGAUCAAAAAACCGUGGCUCCUGGAAAGAUAAGAAGGGGUUAGCAACCAAACUUUAUAGCUUUAAACAUGAUCCCUCAUUCGUGUGCUCACCAGUUAAGUCCAAGGAAGGGCUAGAUGGUUCAAAGGUGAAUGGAGAGAUUGGGCCAGCAAAUCUUGAGACCUAUCUUAGUACUAGUUCUAUACUGGAUAAUGAUUUGGAUCAGGGUGUUGAUCUUCAAGAUCAGGUGUCAUGGCUAAAGAUUGAACUAUGCAAGCUGCUUGAGGAGAAAAGAUCAGCUGAUCUCAGGGGUGAGGAAUUGGAAACUGCUUUGAUGGAGAUGGUCGAGCAUGACAACAGACGUGUGUUGAGUGCUAAGGUUGAGAAGCUGGAAGCAGAGGUAUAUGAACUGCGAAAAGCUUUUUCAGACAAGCAAGAGCAAGAGCAAGUAAUGCUUCAGAUCUUGUUAAGAAUGGAGCAAGAACAGAAAGUGGCAGAAGAUGCCCGCAUAGCCGCUGAGCGAGAUGCUGCUGAACAAAAACAUGCUGCUCACUUGCUCCAGGAGAAGUAUGAAGCAGCAAUGGCAUCACUUUCACAAAUGGAGAAAAGAGCUGUAAUGGCAGAAACAAUGCUGGAAGCUACAAAGCAAUACCAGGCUGGGCAGGUUAAAGCCAACCAAUCUUUCACUUCAAGUUCACCUCGCGCGGACCAUGUUCUUGGGAAGAUACAUCAAGAACCAAACCAAGAUGCACCUAACCGGAGAAUUGGCCUGCUUUCUAGGGGACUUGGAUGGCUUGACAAGAGCAAGGGAAGGCAGAAUUCCACUGAAACAUCUGGAGGCUAA